GCCCAGUUCGCACAGCUUCAGCUUCUCUGAAGCCAUUGUCACCGCUGCCAGCCGACAGGAGCCCGGGCGAAAAGACGAGGAGGGGAGAUGGUUGAAGUGGUGCACAUGAUUGACAGCGAGGUGUUCCUGGCCUUCUCCACGUACGGCACCAUCAUCAUCCUCAAGACCAUGCUGGUGUCUCUCUUGUCUGCUUCCUACCGACUCACAAGAAGGGGUUUUAAUGGAGACGCUGGAUUGAUGAAGAGUGACGAAGAGCAGAAGAGGAUGGAUCCAGACACGCAGCGAAUCAGAAGAGGCCAUCAGAAUGAGCUGGAGAACGUCCUGUUUGUGCUGAUGGGUUUGCUCUAUGCCCUGACCGGACCCGACCUCCACAUCGCGCUCAUGCACUUCCGGGUCUACGUGGGCUCCCGGGUCAUCCUCACACUGGCACAUAUCACCUCCCUGCCCCAGCCUGCCAGAACCCUGCCAUUCGCCGUGGGCUUAGCCUGCACCUUGUCUAUGGCAUACCGGGUAUUCUGUACCGCAUUGUACCUCUAGAGGGCGCCAACGUCAUCCUGACUGCCGCCUGGGGGAAAGAUUCGGAAAAUGUCUUUUUGUCUGGAAAUGAUCAGUGUCCCAGCUUGCAAGCGUGAAACUUUGCAUUUAGCACAGGCUGGCCCCAAAACACGUAUACUCUAAUACGGAGAGACAGAUAGCCAAAUGGUGGCACUACAGGAGUGCUUCAAAAAAAUUUUAGUUUGAAAAAUCAUCAAAAGUCAACCUUUUCUGCUACAGUUCUGAAUCUGAAUCUGUGAGGUUAUUGUCUCAAGUGAGACUAAUUUUUCAUACCCUGCAACCUGGUGAAAAGUCCAAAGUCCAUUACUUUGUGUAAUACUUGGUAAUAAAACGUUUUGACUUCUGUUCAGUCUCCACCAAAGGCAUCACAGCACAUCUAAGUCUUGUGGAAAGCUUAAAUAUACCCGGAGUUAUGAAUUAAAAUGUAAAAAAUGAAUACUGUCCUGUAGCUAUAAUUUCUCAAUUUAGCUCUGUCUUUAUGAAAAACAACUGAGAGCUGAAGCAAAUACCUUAGAAUAUUGGUGUAGAUAAUAGCAAAAAAAAUAUAUUCACACUUUAAAAAAAGAAAAAAUUUGGAUCUGCAUAAAAAAAGUUUAUGAAAGUGAGCAUAUUUUACAUGUGAAUAAUUUUAAUAUGAGCUUCUCUUCUCGUUACCUUAGCACUCGGCCUUCUGGAACAAAUGGUAAAUGGUAAACGGUUAGCAUUUAUAUAGCGCCUUUAUCCAAAGCGCUGUACAAUUGAUGCUUCUCAUUCACCCAUUCAUAC